AUGUCGGUUAGGAGCGUUGUUCUUGUUACUGGAGGAAGCGGCCUUGUAGGAAGGGCUCUUGAGGCAGUUCAGAAGCGUAAUCCUUCUGCCGAUGAGAAAUGGGUGUUUUUGUCAAGCCGGGAUGCAGACCUCACAUCGAUGGAAGCAACGAAGGCAGUUUUUGAGAAAUAUCGACCCGAUCUUGUCAUUCAUUUGGCGGCGAGGGUUGGUGGCCUAUUCAAGAACAUGAGACAACCUGUAGAGAUGUGGCAUGAAAACGUUGCCAUUAAUAAUAAUGUUCUUGAGUGUUGCCGCAUAUAUGGAGUCAAGAAGAUGGUCUCCUGUCUCUCAACCUGCAUUUUCCCCGACAAAACGACAUACCCUAUUAACGAGAAUAUGCUACACGAUGGACCGCCGCAUUGUUCGAAUGAGGCUUAUUCCUAUGCGAAGCGUAUGAUGGAUGUUAUGAACCGUGCUUAUCGGAGCGAAUAUGCAUGUAAUUUUACAUCCGUUAUCCCCACCAACAUAUAUGGGCCCCAUGAUAAUUAUAAUCUGCAGGAUUCGCAUGUUGUCCCCGGUCUUAUUCAUAGGUUUUAUCUGGCGAAGCAGGCGGGCAUGCCAGUGACUGUGAUGGGUACAGGUAAGCCUCUUAGGCAGUUUAUUUACAGUGAAGAUUUGGCAGAACUGUUGAUUUGGGUAAUGCGCGAGUACACGGAAGGGAGCCCAAUCAUACUUUCCGUUGAUGAGAGUGACGAGGUGUCUAUCGCGGAUGUCGUUAAAAUGAUUGCAGAGGCCAUCGAAUUCAAAGGCGAUAUUGUCUUUGACACCAGCAAGGCGGAUGGGCAAUAUCAAAAGACGGCAGAUAACAGUAAACUUAGGAAGUACAUACCCGAAUAUAAGUUUACCCCCAUGGCCGAAGGCAUUAAGCGAUCCGUCGAGUGGUUCGUUCAAAAUUACGACGUGGCUCGUAAAUAA